AUGGUAUACCCACACAAGUACCCGACCCCGACCGGCAACUGCGCCCAUGCCCUCAUCGAGAUGCUGCGGGAAGACCUGUCCCAUCUGGCGGCCCGCACCCCGCACGAGUUAAUGCGGUCUUGGGAGGUCGUCCACCGCGCCUGGGUCGGCGAGGCCCACCUGCGCCACCUGUUGCACCGCGAGGAGACCCGCUGGCCCGGCUACUACUACCGCUCCGACUACCCCAACCUCGACGAUGCCAAAUGGCGCGUCUUUGUCAACUCCCGCUACGACCGGAACGCCGAUUCUUACUGGAGCCUAAUGACCCGGCCGUAUCGCGACCUGAUCACCGGCUAA